AUGCCUCUCCAACAUCAACCAGAACACUUUUCUGCUCAGCGCAUUCUUGUGACCCUCCUGGUGGCCUUGAUGCCUACAUCUUCUGAUACCUGUGGUAAGCCACCAUGGUUUCCAAACAUGAAGCUGGAUGGCGAUGCUAAAGACACUUAUGGGACUGGGGAAAAAGUGGAAUACUCAUGCAGACCAGGAUAUAUACGACGACCUACUGUCACCAUCUCCAGUGUGUGCACUGCAAACGGCCAGUGGUCACCCAUUUCACAGGAUGCUUGUUACAAAAAAUCAUGUCCAAGGCAAGAAGAUCCCGUAAAUGGUCAAGUAAACUACCUGAAUGGAAGUUCUGAGUUUGGUACACAAAUUCAAUAUACUUGCCAUCCUGGCUUUGUCUUAAUUGGUGAAGGAAUUCUAUAUUGUCUGCUUACAGGAUCAGAUGUACAGUGGAGUGAUGAACCCCCAAUAUGUACAAAGAUUUUAUGUCGGCCACCUCCAAAUAUAAAAAAUGGAAAAUUUUCCCCAAGUCACAAAGACGUAUUUGAAUACCAUGAAGUGGCAACUUACCAAUGUAACCGUGUUCCUGGCCAGGAUGAACUGUCCCUUGUUGGUGAGAGACAGAUCUAUUGCUCUGCAAAUGGAGAAUGGAGCGCUAACCCUCCUGAAUGCAAAGUGGUCAGAUGUCCACAUCCCGUAAUUCAGAAUGGGAGACAGACGUCAGGAUUCAGUAAGAAAUACUCCUAUAGAGCAAGGGUCAUGUUUGAAUGUAACAAGGGGCUUUUUCUUCAUGGGAGCAACACUGUCAUGUGUGAGGGUAAUAAUACAUGGCAGCCACCAAUUCCAGUAUGUCGGAGCGAGCCCCCUCCUCCUCCACCUUCCUCUCCUCCCCCACGUCCCCCUCCUGCAAUAUCUUCCAGCACAAGUGUUCUGAGCUCUAUCAAAGGAGAAGCAUUUGGUUUUGAACAUUCAAAGGGAUGGAUCAUCUCUCUGAUAAUGAUGGCUGUGUUGGAGCUACAGUAA